AUGUCGGUUUCUACCAUUUCCUAUUCUUCUGAAUCAAUUGACCUGGGUCCAAUUGGAUCAAGAGAUGCACAUGGAAACCGUAUUGUUUCCAGAGAAAUCGUUUCACAUGAUCAGCAAGUUGGAGACAAAAGAAAACGCAAACUUUCAAAGAAGUUGAAGAUGGCGGCUCGAGGCAGAAUAUGUUGCGUUGGUCUCUCGACAGUAAUCGCCAUUUUUUCGUUAAUCCUACUAACAGUUUGCAUGUUUUCCGCUUCAUUCCGAUACAACUCCGACAGUUUGGGUGGAAUGAAAAACUAUGGACUUUUCCGAUUCUGUUAUACUCCGGAGACGCAAACCCAAUCUCGAGACGAUGAUAGUAAUUCCAAAACCUGCCAUCUUCGAAACUACAUAAACUCAGCUUACUGUCAAGAAAAAUCAAACACGAAUCACGAAAAAUCCACAAGGAAUUGCUUCGGAGAUUUUGAGCUAGCAACUAUCAUACUCAUUUCGGCUUCAAUGGCAUGUUGUAUUCUUUCAAUUUGCUUUUCAAUCUGUACAAUUUUCACCUCGUUUGGAGCUCUGGCACAGAGUGUGGUUCUGAUUGCAGCUGCAAUUUGUUCAUUAUCUGGAUUCCUAGCGUACACCUAUUAUUACGAACUGAAGGAAAACCAGUAUGAACUGGUUUCUGGAUACCAAUAUCAGAUUCAUUAUGGAUGGGCGUACUAUGUAUUCGGAUUUGCUUCUCUUCUUCAAUGGAUUUCAUUUGUUUGCAGUUUGUUUGGAUCUGCACUUGUGCUAGUUCAUAAAAACAAGAAGCGACAGUCGAAGGUGACUAGCACAUCAUUGUAA